AUGGGAGGUGUACAUUCUAGGGAAUGUCACACUAUUGCUAAAGAUAUUUGGCAGUGGUGCAUAGAAAAACAAAUAUGGUUAACAGCUGCUCAUAUCCCAGGGACCAAAAAUGUUGAGGCAGAUCGGGAAUCACGCGUUUUCUCAGACAACAAGGAAUGGAUGAUAAGAUCUGAUAUUUUCCAACAGAUCACAGAUAUCUGGGGGGAGCCCUCCAUAGACCUCUUUGCAUCCAGACUAAAUCAUCAGGUUCCAUGCUAUGUAUCCUGGAAACCUGACCCAGGGGCAGCCUUUAUUGAUGCAUUUUCUGUAACAUGGGAUAAACACUUGUUCUAUGCUUUCCCUCCUUUCAGCUUAAUUGCAAGAUGCCUACAGAAAAUACAAACCGAUUGUGCAGAGGGAUUGAUGAUAGUUCCAAUGUGGCCAACCCAGAGUUGGUAUCCCAAACUUCUUCGCAUGUUAGUGGCUGCUCCAAGAGUGUUACCACAACAACGAACUGCCUUACAAAUGCCGGGGAUGCCACAAGAAGUCCACCCCCUAUUCAGGAAAAUGGUUCUGAUUGCAUGCAGAUUGUCCGGCAGUCCUAUGAGACACAAGGAAUUUCUCAAAAGGCAACCUCCAUCAUCUUACAGUCCUGGAGGAAAGGAACUACAAAGCAGUAUUCAUCUUACAUCAAAAGAUGGACUACAUAUUGUCAUAAAAAACAGAUUGAUCCAGUUUCUGCCACUGUCCCCCAGGCACUAGAUUUUUUAGUGGAGCUAUUUGAGUCAGGCAUCAGUUACAGUGGUAUUAACACUGCAAGGUCUGCUCUAUCCAGUGUCUUAAAGUCUAAGCCAGGGUCGAAACCCACUGUUGUUAAGUUUGAAGCUUACCCGGACAACCCUAACAUUUGUGUUGUCACUAACUUGAAGGCAUAUCUUAAUCGUACCUCUUCUCUACGUGGAGGUGCACAACAAUUGUUUAUUAGUCAUUACAAGCCAUUUAAACCAGUUUCCCGGGACACCAUCAGUAGAUGGGUCAAAGCUGUAAUGCAAAAGUCAGGAAUUGAUGUAAACCUUUUCAAGCCCCACAGUACUAGGGCUGCCGCAACAUCUAAGGCUUUGUUAAAAUCUGUACCAUUAGAGCACAUCUUAUCAGUUGCAGGAUGGAGCUCAUCUGACACUUUUGCAAAGUUUUAUAGCAAGCCUGUUAUCAACACAGAUAGCUUUUCUAACGUUUUGUUACAAGAGUAA